CACUUUUGGAGGUGGAUCUGAAAACUGUACCUGCAGGAGAUUCUGAAAAGUAUUGCAGAAGCAGAAAAUACCAAUUCUUUUUUCUUUCUUUUUUUUUUAUCCCUGGCCAGACGAUUUCAUAUUUAUCAAGAUAAAAUUUAUUGCUAAACAUAUCGGAUCCUUGUUCACCAUUUGUGCUUAAUUACAAAAAAUCUAAAAGCCUUAUGACCAAAUAUUUUUAACGAUGUAACGGAAUAUAUUAUUAUUUCAAAUUAUAUUUCGUCCUGAAUUCAACUUUAAUUUUCAAGGAAUUUAUCAAAGACCGUUGAUACGCUUGGGAGAUAAAAACGGAAAGUGUAUUAAUUUAGUAUAGAAUGUUCAAAAAACAAUUUAACCAGUUAGAGAUAUUUUGCAAAGUUCGGGAGCAACAUUGGAGUACUGUUCGUAUACCUGGUAUGCUGUUACUGCUAUACAUACAAAGGUUAUUGAUCUUCGAUUCGACUGAUUACCAGACAAUCAUUCACUACAGCUUCGAGCUCUGGUUAACUGACAAAAAUCAAAUCGCAAGAAACUUUUCAACCACUGGUUCAAAGACAUCUGAUUGAUUGACUAAUAUUCAAUCAUCAACACAUUUCAAUUACAAGCUUAUAGACGAGUUAUUUUUUUCAUUCUGUAUGCCUGAUCUCCAAACUUCUCUCUAAACACACCGUUGCCAUUUCAUUCCCAGAACGACAACACAUCUUCCAGAAGUUUCUCACUGUUUACAUAUUACUCUGAAAAGGUCAUAAACAACUUCUUUUCACAGAUUUAAUAAUAAUAAUAAUAAUAAUAAUAAUGAUGAUGAUGAUGAUGAUGACAACAACAAUCUGAGCCAAAAGGGAGCCUAUAGUCGCUCUACCAAUGAGAAAUAACCGAACCAUCUUUAAAAAAUGACACUGUUCCAAAAAUACUAAAUGCGAAAACAUAACAUACAAAAAAAUUAAAACAGACAGAUGAUAACGUAUUGAACGAUCUUUAUUUGCUGGAUCUAGACUGACCUUCGGCUUAAACAUCAAUAAUUUGGUGUCCAUCUCAGUUCUGUUAAGUUCUAUGGUGUUCGCCACAUUUAUGUAGACAAAUAAAGGGGAAAUAUCUAUUGCAAGUGACGCACACAGGAGUUCUGCUUUUAAUGGAAUGAAGAAUUUCGGUGUCCAGUAAUGCAAAAAUCUCAAUUCUUCUAUCUCCGUAUCAAUUUAAAAACAUCGCAAUUUUGAAUAAGCUAUAGAUUUACGUCAAUAUUUUUAUUCUAAUUAUCUAAAUUUAAUAUUGGAGACCUUUUAAGACACAUAUUAUAGCACCAUCGACUUCAAAAUUGCUUGGGAUACAUCUAGACACACAACAUUAAAAUUUCUAAAGCCAUUUUAAAUAUUAUCUACAAAAUUUUUCAAAUGAAGAGCAAGAUCAAAUCGAUACAAUAUAAAUAUCAAUACACGAUACAGUGUUUAUAAAAAUAACAACAACAACAAAUAAUGGCUUCUAUUGAUGAGCAUAUCAAGUCAUAUACGAUUUCCAUAUUAAUUAUCUUCAUGAUAUGCCAAUUUCUGUUGGCAAUUCUAGCAUCUCAAACAACUCCUGUUGGAAGACUCCCUUUCAGUUUCACGCAGGCGAUAAUUCAGAAUGAUUUCACUUACAAAACGAAUGACAUUGACUGUGAUAAAGUAAUUUCGGUUGAUGAAAAGGAAAUAAAACGUUCUUUAAAAUUUGACAAAAGAUACGAGGCGAUUACAUUAAAGACUUACAUGAAUUGGACUCUUAACUGUGAGAAAUUCCGACAGGUGCGUCAUUACGACAAAUACAUCGUGAGCGUGGCUGAGAAAGAAUUUCCCAUCGCCUACUCCAUUGUGUUUCACAAAGACUUGGAACAAUUAGAAAGGUUACUCCGUAGUAUCUAUCGCCGACACAAUGUCUAUUGCUUGCAUGUGGACAAGAAAGCCAAUAAGGAAUUCAUGUUAGCGGUUAAGGCUCUUGCAAACUGUUUCGAUAAUGUAUUUAUAGCAUCUAAACUUGAAACUGUUGUUUAUGCUUCAAUGAGUCGACUUCAGGCUGACUUUAACUGCAUGCAGGAUUUGUUGAAAACCAAAACGCAGUGGAAAUAUCUUAUCAACCUUUGUGGUCAAAGCUUUCCAUUAAAAACUAAUUCCGAAAUAGUGAAAAUCCUGAAGAUAUACAAUGGUUCUAAUGAUAUAGAAGGAUUGACAAAUGAACAUGCAUUACUGGGUCGUGCCAAAUUCAAACACAAGAUAAUCAAAAAGAGCAAAACACGGGAUGAACUUAUAUUGGUCAAAACGAAAAUACGUCAGCCGGAUCCACCUCAUAAAAUCCGUCUAGUUAAAGGUAGUGCAUACGGAGUGUUUUCCAGGGAUUUCGUGUACUAUGUGAGCACUAGCAAUAUAUCCAAGAAUUUUCAGAAAUGGGUCGCCGAUGUUUACAGCCCUGAUGAGUUCUUCUGGUCAACAUUACAUCAUGCUGCUUUCAACCCGCAUCUUAAUGUUCCUGGAUCCUACAGUGGACAUCCUGAGUCCAAAUUAUGGCUUGCUGCUUACUCGGCUUGGCAAGGGGUCGAUCUUUGCUAUGGUAAAUGGAAACGAGGUGUGUGCAUAUUUUCAACAAAAGAUCUCCCGAAUAUUUUCAAGAAGAACCACUUAUUUGCUAAUAAAUUUUACCUCCAUAGUAACCCAACAGCUAUUGAAUGUUUGGAAGAAAUACUGCAUAAACGAACAAUAACGCAAGCCGCAUUCAAUGAUACUUUUUACAGACACUUGAAGUUUAUUAACUCUUAA